AUGUGUCUGCUUGUAGACACCGUGAAGCAUCGUCCCCAAGACGAAAAGGCGGCUAUGACGUUGCAAUCUGGACUCUAUGCUCUAGUAGACGGCGUGCAACGUCUACUGGUAGUGAUGGUCAAGAAGCUCGACAGCGCGAUGUGUGAGGUCAACUUGCGUAUUGCAUAA